AUGUACUACAAGGCCGAAUCCUAUGUCGGCUCUGAGUACGCUGGCAAGAUCCUCUGGGAGAACGGCCUCACUCCUGUCUAUGUCAGCGACAACCCAGUUCUCAACGCCCAACAUGUCUUGUUCGAGGCUGCCAAGGCUUAUAGAUAUGGUCUUCCUUACCAUGCUGCCCUGUCUAGUGUGACAUCUGCGCCUGCUGAAUUGCUGGGUCUUGGUCAGCGCAUCGGCAAGAUCAAGCCCGGGUUCGAUGCCGACAUUGCCGUCUGGGACAGUGAUCCUUUGAGCGUCGGUGCUGCGCCCGUGCAAGUCUGGAUUGACGGAACUGCCCAGUUCUCUGACCCCGUUGAGCUUAAGAAGCCCCUUACCGGUCCUAUCUCUCCAGACCCGAAGCUAGCAAAUACCACAGAGGAGACUACAGAUCUGGAGGAAGUGGUUUUUACUGGUGUGUCUAACGUCUGGCUUUCCGGCGAGGAUGUUCACUUGGCGGGUGAUGAGACUGUCAACGUUGUCUUCGACAACGGUGCUAUAAAGUGUAUUGGUGCCUGCGCUGAAGAAGUCGCGGCCGCCAAGUCUGCGUCCAAGAAGGUCAUUAACCUGACGAACGGUCACAUUACCGAGUCUUUCACUGCCUUCGGGUCGCUUAUUGGCCUCAACGAGAUUGAUAACGAGGCAGACACGGAUAACGGCCGCAAUCCCACUGGGUUCAGCCGCGGUCUUGACGGGCUUGUCCUGGACAACAAGAAGCUGCAUGUGGCCAAGCGGUACGGUGUCACCAAGGGCAUCUCGGCGCCUAAGUUCACUGGGGGUUUGACACACUCUGGUACUAGUGUUGGUUUCAACACUGAUGCUUUGCAUGCUCUUGAAAAGGGGGCUGUAUGGAGUGAAGAUGUUGCAGUGCAUCGUACGCUAACCCUGGCUGCCAAAAGAGGCGAUAACCCCUCCAUCUCUAGCGCUAUUGGAGCACUCCGACACAGCCUCUUGGAGGCAGUUGCAAACAACGACACCGGUUCGGACCCGUACUCAGAAGCGGCCUACCUCAAGAAGGUUGUCAACGGGGAGCUUCCCUUAGUCCUGACGGUUCACAGUGCUGAUACCAUUGUGGCUGCGCUGCGAGUCAAGGCGACUGUAGAGGAGGCUCUUGCUGCGAAGAGCCACUCUACAGAAUCUCCUAAGCUUCGUGUUGCCAUCAUUGGAGGCGCGGAGUCUCAUCUCGUUGCUUCCGAGCUGGCUGCCGCUGGUGUCGGUGUGGUCCUUGCACCGUUUCAGUCGUACUCGAACACCUGGGACCAGAGGCGUUCGUUGACCGGCGCUCCUCUUACGAACGGCACCGCCGUUGACACUCUCCUCGACGCUGGGGUUGUGACAGCCAUCGGAUUGGAGGAGGACUGGCUUAUCCGUGAUCUGGGACUUCUUGCUGGCAUUGCACAGAAGAACGGAAAUGGUCGGCUAAGCGAGAAGAAGGCGUUGGACUUGGUUUCGACCAACGUUUACAAGAUCCUUGGCAUUGAAGAGUCGCAGUCCAGGAACGCUCGCCACUUUGUUGUAUACGAGGGCAGCCCCCUUGAGAUCGGAGGAAGAGUCCGCGCAGUUGGCAGCGGCCGUGAAACGGUUUCUGUAUUUGUGUAG